CCAUGAGGAAGGGUCCCCAAACCAGCAUUUUGUCACGCACAGACCCUUCAACUUUUGUCCUCCUCUCAGUGGAGGGGGAGGGGGGGUAUGGUUGCCGAAUGGUGAGCGUGAGAGAGAGCAUGUGCCCCCUCCCCUUCCCCGAUAUCCACGCUCCCUGCGACAGUCAGUGAACACAACGGCACGCGGACGAGGACUUGCGGGAUUUUCUUCUUUCAUCACAAGGGCAGCGGAGGAUGCGGUCGCUGUCCGUGGUCCUGAACCACCUGCUUUUCCUGCUGUUGUUCGGAUCUUGCCCCCCCACAGCGACGGUCGGGUCAAAGGAGGGGUGGCAGGUCUACAGCUCCGCUCAGGACGCAGACGGGAGAUGCGUCUGCACCGUGGUGGCUCCCGAACAGAACCUGUGCUCCAGAGAUGCCAAAGGAAGGCGGCUGAAACGGCUGCUGGAGAAGGUGCAGAACAUGACCCAGUCCAUCCAGAUUCUGAACCUGCGGACUCAGAGAGACUUUCAGUACAUCAUGAGGAUGGAGAACCAGAUCAAAGGACUCCGGUCCAGGUUCCGGCAGGUCGAGUCCGACAGGAGGACCCACGUUAGCAAGAACUUUCAGGAGCUGAAGGGGAAGAUGGCGUCCCUGCAGCCGCUGAUCCCGGUUCUGGAGCAGUACAAGACGGACACCAGACUCGUCUCCCAGUUCCAGGAGGAGAUCCGGAUCCUGUCUGCUGUGCUGAUGGGCAUCCAGGAGGAGGGGGGAGCUGACGACUAUGAGGAGCUGCGUCCGCGGGUCCUGAAGCUGGAGACCCGCCUCCACAGCUGCAUGAACAAACUCACAUGUGGGCAGCUGAUGAAGAUCUCCGGACCGCUGACAGUGAAGACUUCAGGGACCAGAUUUGGAGCCUGGAUGUCAGACCCUCAGGAACCUCUCCAAAACAACCGAGUGUGGUACAUGGACAGGUACACCAACAACAAAAUAGUCAAGGAGUUCAAGUCUCUGUCUGACUUUGUGGCUGGAGUGGAGUCCAGGACCUACAACCUGCCCUUCAAGUGGGCGGGGACUAACCACGUGGUCUUCAACGGCUCGCUGUACUACAACAAGAUGCAGAGCAACAUCAUAGUGAGGUACAGCCUUGAGACGGGCCGCGUGGUCACGCAGAGGGCGCUGCAGUCUGCGGGCUUCCACAACGUGUACCCGUACACGUGGGGGGGCUUCUCAGACAUCGACCUGAUGACGGAUGAACUGGGCCUGUGGGCCGUGUACGCGACCAACCAGAAUGCUGGAAACAUCGUCGUCAGCAAGCUGGACCCGGAAACGCUCCAGAUCCUUAACACGUGGAACACGGAAUACUCAAAGCGGAACGCUGGCGAGUCCUUCAUGAUCUGUGGAACUCUGUACGUCACCAACUCCCACCUGACGGGGGCCAAGGUGUACUACGCCUACUCCACCAAAACCUCUACCUACCAGUACAUAGACAUCCCCUUCCAUAACCAGUACUUCCACUUGUCCAUGCUGGACUACAACGCCAGGGACCGGGCCCUGUACGGCUGGAACAACGGGCACCAGGUUCUGUUCAACGUCACGCUUUUUCACCUUAUAAAAACAGAGGAGGAGUCCUGAGACGGAGCUGGAGGAGAGGAAGAAAGCACGGAAGCUUUUGGUAAACGUCUAUGCUGAUGACUCUCUGCUGAAUCUGACAUGACUUUGUUUUCUUCAACUGCUUUACGUUUUUUAGUGGUCAGUCUGAGCAGAAGUGUGUAGAAACGUCUGCAAUCGUACCUUUAUAAAUGUACCAAGCUGCGUUGAGUGUUGUUCCCGUUCGGCGUCUGUGGAGCGUCUCGCCGUCUUCUCGUGCACGUCAGCAGGUCAUUGGUCAUUCUGCAGUGCGUGACUCUCAGCUGACUCCAUUGUUCCUCCUGUUCUGAUGGUGAACCUGCGUGUCUUCGUUCCUUCCUUUGGUUUUACUUUUGCGUGAACAAGAUGCUGUGUGUAAAUAAAAUAUUGUGUCUUCAGG